GGCGUGGCAGCACCGCGAAGAUGGCGACCCCUGAUCCCGGUGCUCCGCCGAAACUGAGCCACAAGAAAUACCGGGCGGUCCUGAAGAAAGAGAAACGCAAGAAGCGCCGGCAGGAGCUCGCCCGCCUGAGAGACGCAGAACUUGCACAAGAGGAGGAAGAGGAUGCCCUUGCUGAAGAAAAACGACUGGAAGAAGAGAGGCUGAUGGAGAUGGAGAGGCAAAGAUUACAUAAGGAGUGGUUGCUGCGGGAGGAGAAGGCACAAGAAGAAUUUAGAAUGAAGAAGGAAAGAGAAGAAGCCAUUAGAAAACGGCAGGAAGAACAAGAGAGAAAACUAAAGGAAGAAUGGGAAGAACAGCAGAGAAAAGAGAGAGCUGAGGAGGAGCAGAAGCGACAGGAGAAGAGAGAGAGAGAGGAAGCUGUGCAGAAGAUGCUGGAGCAAGCUGAAAAUGAGUUGGAAAAUACCAACAUGUGGCAAAACCCAGAACCACCCACGGACACAAGAGUCGUGGAGAAGGACCGCGCUAAUUGUCCAUUCUACAAUAAAACAGGAGCUUGCAGGUUUGGAGACAGGUGUUCACGGAAGCACACCUUACCGACAUCGAGCCCCACCCUGCUUAUUAAAAGCAUGUUCACCACAUUUGGCAUGGAACAGUGCCGAAGGGAUGACUACGACCCCGAUGCCGGCUUAGAGUACAGUGAAGAGGAAACCUACCAGCAGUUCCUCGACUUCUAUGAUGACGUCCUCCCUGAGUUUAAGAAUGUGGGGAAAGUGAUCCAAUUCAAGGUCAGCUGCAACCUGGAACCUCACCUGAGGGGCAAUGUGUAUGUUCAGUAUCAGUCGGAAGAAGAGUGCCAAGCAGCCCUCUCUGUGUUUAAUGGGCGAUGGUAUGCAGGCCGCCAACUUCAUUGUGAAUUCUGCCCGGUGACCCGAUGGAAAAUGGCAAUUUGCGGUUUGUUUGAAAUACAGCAGUGCCCGAGAGGCAAGCACUGCAACUUCCUUCAUGUGUUCCGAAACCCCAACAACGAGUUCUGGGAAGCCAACCGAGACAUUCACCUGUCUCCGGAUCGGACGGGCUCCUCGGGGAAGAACGCUGACAGGAGAGAGCGGCCGGGCCACCACGACGAGUACUACAGCCGGCCCCGGAGGAGGAGGAGCCCCAGCCCUGCCCACGCCUACAAGAGGAACGGGGAAGCGGGGAAGCGGAGGCGCAGCACCCAGCGGGAGAGGAGGUCGCAGCGGUACGCCUCCAGGAGCCGGGAGAGGCACUGUUCACGCGGCAGGAGGAGCAAGAGGGCCCGCAGCACGAGCCACAGCCGCGGGAGGCCCAGCCGCAGCCGCAGGCCCAGCCGCAGCCGCAGCCGCAGUGGCAGCCGCAGCCGCAGCCGGGGCCGAAGGCAGAGCCUGAGCCGAAGGCAGAGCCGCAGCCGCAGCUGGAGCUGGAGCGGGAGCCGCAGCCGCAGUCGCAGUUUCUCCCGGUCCAGGAGCCGCGGCAGGCGGAGGUCCAGGAGUAGAGACAGAACUGUGCACAGCCCGGCAGCCAAGUAACGAGGCUGCAUUCUGGACGAUGGUGUAAGGUAUUUAUUGUGAAGGCUGCUGACCUGACUGCGGGCCCAAGGCGCCCACAGUGGACUGGAGUCUGGUGCAGCCCUUGUGGGAAACGCUUUUCUCGGAUAAUCACUUGGCGGUAGUCUAGGAAACCAAAAAUGAUCAUGAGUUGAAAAUUCCUGUCACCCUGCCUGUCCCUUAUCAAUGACCCUUUAGCAUUCCAGUAUGGCUUCGCCUUUCUUCUCCUUUGGGUGUGUAUCCAUUUUUCACACAGAGAUCCUCUGUGGCUGUGGUCGAAUAUGCUGUUUUCCCCUGUAUAAAAUAUUGUCCUGUUUCACAAAGCCCUGCUUUUGUAAAUUGAUUGAGUUAACAUUGGUUCCAAGAGUGUAAAUGUUUGUCAUUUUCAGGGCAGUAAAGGGCUAGUGUGCAUGGUUUGCGUAAGGGAGGCCUGGAUUUGAUGAUCUCCAGCACCACGUAGUCCCUGGGGCACUGCAGGGAAUACUGCCAGGUGCAGCCCAAAAUUCGAAAAUUUAGGGGUCCAGCGUUCCUACCCCAUGCCUGUCACCAAAGUGCCAGUACCCUCCAUCACAGACCCUUCCUUUCCCCUUUGGGUAACUUCUGUUGUCAGAGUCUAAGGUUUGCUUCUCAGUGGAUGUUAUUUGUUCCCUCGUAUCCCCCAAGUCUGAGAUCAUCUGGUAUUUGUCUUGGCCCAUCUGACUUCACUUAGUAUGAUCCCCUCCUGCUUCGUCUGUGUUGUAACAAAAAGCAGGGUUUCAUUUUUCAUAUAUUCCAUUCUGUAAAUCUACCACACUUUUAUUCACUUACGAUGCUGCAAGCCUUAUUCUUUAAAAAAAAUUUUUAGGCAUCAUGAUUUACAAAACUAAUAAAAAGUUUCAGGCAUACAGUGUUGCAAUGAGAUUGUCAGUGUCCCCUGGCUAAUGUCUCAAGGUCCCGUCCCACCCUCUUCACCCCUUGGUGAAUUCGGUUCUGCAGGCUGACUCUCCGGGUGUCUUCUUAUGUUUCUUUACAUCCCACUACGAACGAGAUGGUUCUGUAUCUGGCCCUCUUCCUCUGAGUAAGGCCGAUUUUUUUUUUGCUUUUUUGGUCAUACCUGGCGAUGCACAAGGGUUCCUCCUGGUUCUGCACUCAGGAAUUAUUCCUGGGGACCACAUGGGAUGCUGGGAAUCGAACCUCGGUUGGCUGCAUGUAAGGCAAACACCCUACCCGCUGUACUGUCACUCCAGCCCCGCAAGCCUGAUUCAUUUUUUAAAUUUCUUUAUUUUUUAACUACUGUAUCUGUGAGGAUACAGCUACAGAUUUAAACAUUUUCAUGCUUGUGUUUCCCUCAUACAAUGUUCGAGAACCCUUCCCUCACCAGUGCUCAUUCUCCACCACCAAUGAACCCCGUAUCCCUCCCAGCCCCAAUCCCAUCCCCCCACACCUCACCCCACCUCUGUGGCAGGGUAUUCUGUUUUGUUCUCUCUCUCUCCUUUUGGGUGUUGUGGUUUGCAAUAUGGGUAUUGAGUGGCCAUCGUGUUCAGCCUCUAGUCUACUUUCAGCACGCAUCUCCCUUCCCGCGUGGGUCCUUGAAUCCGAGCUGCCUUUUCGCCCAGCAUGUGAGGCCGGCUUCCAAACCGUAGAGCAAACCUCCUGGUACUUAGUUCUACUAUUUUUGGGUUUUAGUCUCCCAUUCUGUUAUUUUAUAUUCCACAGAUUAGUGCAGUCUUUCUGUGUCUAUCUCUUUCUGACUCAUUUCACUUAGCAUGAUACUUUCCAUGUUGAUCCACUUAUAUGCAAAGUUCAUGACUUCAUCUUUUCUAACAGCUGCAUAGUAUUCCAUUGUAUAGAUGUACAAAAGUUUCUUUAACCAGUCAUCUGUUCUCAGGCACUCGGAUUUUUCCAGAUUCUGGCUAUUGUAAACAGUGCCGCGAUGAACAUAUAAGUGCAGAUGUCAUUUCGACUAUACUUUUUUGCUUUUCUAGGAUAUAUUCCCAGAAGUGGUAUUGCUGGGUCAAAUGGGAGCUGAAUUUCUAAUUUUUUGAGAAGCGUCCAUAUUGUUUUCCAGAAGGGCUGAACCAGUCGGCGUUCCCACCAGCAGUGUAGAAGGGUCCCUUUCUCCCCACAUCCUCACCAACAGCGGUCUGCAAGCCCGAUUCUUAAUGUUAUUUUUACUCACAUUUAUCCAGCCAUCUAUUGCCCUGUUGUUGGUUCUUUGUCAUUUAAAUUUUUUAUUGUUCAAGAUUCCUAUGCCACAAACCACCAUGUGGUGAACUAAGAACUUUCAAUACUUCCACACAGUUCUUUAGGAAAAAUUCCACUGAUGUGAAUAGUAAAGAAUUUCAAAUCGCCUCCUGCAAGUAUUGAAACAGUUCUGUUCUGCUGACAGCAAAGUUUCCUAUUCCCACACCACGAGCUUAUAUUAGUCUUUGCUGUUUGGUGAAUUUUAUGUUUGUUUAUUUCUCCAAAGUCAAACCUUUUCUGCAUAGAAUGGCCAUUGCAUUUGGCUCUUCCAUUAAAAAUUGCUCGUCCCUUCAUCUGUUGGAUUUUUCUACAUGCAAUAGUUAAUCAACUUUAAGACUCACUUUCUCCAUUUUAAAGCACUAAAGGGCAGAGUCCAUUUGUCUCUCCUCAGCCCCAUAUCCACAGGAAGGUCCAUUAGCAUGUUUAUAGUUUUUAUAGUUUUGGUGUUAUUUAUGAAGAAAGCUGACCUUAGGUCAUUUUUAGGUCAUUGCUAUUGAAGAUGACUAAUGUUAAAGUAUUUCUGGGAAAAAGAAAUCAGAAAACUGACCAGAGAACUUCCUGUCAGAGGCUUGAUGCACAAUAUCAUCCUUAUAUUCUAGAUCAUAAAAACGAAAAGGUGCUCUCACGCAUCUUCAUAAAGUUUUUACUUUCUUUGUAGCCUCCUUCCCCAAAAUAUACUAGGUAUCUUAAAUUUCAUUGUAUGUGGCAUUUGGCAGUUUGCAGUUUAGAAAUAAGAACUUAGGGAUGCACAAAUGAACCUAAUAAAUGAGAUUGGAAAAAGUCUUCAAGAUUGGAACUUCUCAGUGACAGCCACUGAAAAUAAGAACCCUCUAAUCUGCAGUCAUAUAAACGUCCAAAAUAAAUUUCACUUUGAAAAUUGAUUUACUCUAGAUUUUAAUUGCCUAUUUUACCCUUGAAAAGACUGAAAUUUUUGUGAUUACUACAUUCACUAAUGCUGAACAAGUAGCACUAAAUUAAAUAUUUUUCAGUACUUUACUAAAUACGCCAAGAUAGUCCCAAUUAAAUACGAUAUUCAAAGAUGAAUCAUCUUAAUAGAUCCUGGAGGAAAAAAUUAGAUAAACACCAGCUUGUGCUCAAGAUAAUUAAGAGAAACUGGUGACAUUUCCCUCAUGUGCCAAUGGGCAAUGUGCUAUGGAGAGCAGCAGCGUUUUUUAAACUACUGGCAAGUUCGUAGCAGUGUUGGAGGCUCUUCAAGCCUACAGGUAGUUUUUUUUCUUCCGAUUUUGUCUUUAGCACUGUGGCUUAUAAUAAUGUUUCCAGCAGAUGGUAUUCAGAAUCCACACCAGUGUCCAGAUCUUCUCCCACUGCCCACUUCCUUCAGUCUUUUAAAAAGAUUUUUUAAUGAUUGAAGUUUGGGGUCAUGUCUAGUGUUAUGUUGGUUUUGAUACACGGUUACCCCGCCACCAGCAAAGUGACCAAGAUCCUCCAGUAGCCUUAUGUUGUCCCCUGUCUGCCUCAUCAUUCUUCCUCCUCCAUCUCCCCCUUACUUAGAAUCUUUAGUCCUGUAAUCCAGGGACAAGCAUUUGUCAUUUGAUAUCCUCCAUUCUCUUGUCUUUGUUCUCCAUAAACAACGGAUGAGUGAUAUCAUACCAUAUUUGUCUUUCUCCUUACUUUGCUAAACAUGAUGCCCUCCGUUUCGGCUCAGUUUACAGUGAACUGCAUUAUUUCACCUUAUAACUGCAUAUUCUAUUGUGUAUAUGUAGCACAACUUCUUCAUUCAUCUGUCGAGUUGGGUUUUUUUUUUCAGACUAGCAACUUAAUUUUAUUUUUUUUAUUGAAUCACAGUUACAAAGUUGUUCAUGAAUGGGUUUUAGUUACAUGUUUCGCCACCCAUCCCUAAAUUUACCAGUGUACAUUUUCCACCACCAAUGUCCCUAGUUUCCCUCCCACCUGCCUCCGUGGCAGGCAUCUCUCUCUCCCUCUCUCCCUCUGGCUUUUCGGAUAUUAUGGUUUGCAAUACACAUCCUGAAGGGUCAUCAUGUAUAUCCCUUUACUUACUUUAAACACUCAGUUCUUGUCCAGAUAGAUUAUUUCUAUUAUUGUCAUACUGGUCCCUUCUCUAUCCUAACUUCCCUUGCCCCUCACACACUCGUGGCAAACUUCCAACCAGUGACCAGUUCUGUUGGCCCCUGUUUUAUCUGGCCUCGGAUAUUAAUCUCAUACUAUUUUUUAUACCCCAAAUGAGUGCAGUCAUUCUCUAUCUGUCCCUCUCCUUCUGACUCAUUUUACUCAGCAUGAUACUCUCCAUGUCCAUCCAUUUACAAGAAAAUUUCAUGAUUUCAUUUUUCCCAACAGCUGCAUAGCAUUUCAUUGUGUAGAUAGACGUACCACUCUAUUCAGUCUCUAUUCUUGGGCACUUGGGUAAGCAACUAAAUUUUAUUGUAGUUUUCUCAGUCUUAAAUAUCUUAGCUUUAGUAUGCAGCAUUUCCCAUUUUUAAUGAACAGGAGACUCCUUAACUAUCACAACCAAGGGUUUGAUUCGCUGCUUCUAUCAGGCAGUCAUUUGCAAAGAUCAGUUCAUGUGGGGGCGUUUACCAGCACCUCUCAUUCAUGAAGGUGGGGAUCUGGUUGAUUUAGAGUGCCUGUGAUUAGCAAGUAAAAUCGAAAGAGUAGAAAAGACAAAUGCUUCAGGGUUUUAAAAGCGGCAUUUAUUGAUUGAAAAUAAAUGUAUAGAUAAGCUCUCAAUAGCAUGGAAUCCACAUUAUUUUUAAUGAACUUGAAGUACAUGAAUAUCCCUUAAAUCUUGCAUCUUGCAUGUGCUUUUAACAACCACCACAUUCACAUGGAGGUGAAUUUUCAACAUUUUACUAAACAAAAAUUCAGAACUCUUCUUUCAGCAGCUCUCCACACUUGGUCAAAUUUUUGGAAAGAGAAAAGCACGCUACAGUGGUAUGUGUUGGACAUUUUAUAACAACUAAUGGGUGAUGUGAUAAGACGGUGUUCCCAUGGCCUAAAUGUUGGUCAGAAUCACAAUGAAGCUUAAUCCAGCCCAGCAGGUACAAGUGAAAAUGUAAAUUAUAAAAACGUGUUUCCACAGAUUUAAGAUACACGAAAGUGACACUAAAACGAUUUGACAGCUUUGAAAAUACCGGCCCACUAAUGUCAUUUUACCUCAUUCGGCUCUCCCUUUUAUAUGAAGGCGGUGUCCCUUUUUAUUUUUAUAAUACUUUUGAUACUGGGCAGUGUCACAGAAGGGGAGAAAGUUGCCUUAGCAUUGGCAGCACUUCUAAGUGGAGGGAAGCAAAAUUAACGUGGCAGUAACUAGCACCCCAGAAAAAAGAGUCGUGCUUUAACCAAGACUUACGUAACACUUGGUGAAGAAAAGAACACAUUUUGCCAUAAGAUAGUUUUUCAUUUCUCUCAGGAGUCAAAUAUUUCUCGACCUUAAAAAUGAACGUGUGCCAUAGUAUGAAACGGUUGAGCUCUAUUCAUUGUCCCUGGGUCCGAAUGUGUAAGAAAUCUUUGGGGCUAAAAGAGCAUCAUUCCAAUUUUGUCAUUUGUGUAUUCCCUUUGCUUUAAGGUUUGUAAUAAGUUUCUAAUAAGGGUCUUUGGUAUAAAUUUGGAGUAUUUUUGAUGUUGUUUCAAGAGUUAAAUUUUCAUUCUGUAUGUAAUAUUGUAAUUCCCUUUAUUUGCACGUAUACUGAAGUACUACACUAGUCUUUGGUUUCAUAAAACCAGAUUUCACAUAAUUUAACUGUUCCCUUUGCUAAAAGACAGUGGUUAAUAAAUGUAUAUUUCCUGA